UCCAUCUGAACGCGCUGGUACAGAGCAAGUACUACCUAAACAUCACAAAGUUCCCAACCACCGUUACGGACAUUUUUAAUACUUUUUAAGAGCUUGUCACGGCACUUUUUGUGGACUCUACAGACCUCUGGAAACGCGUAUGUUGGAGCUGUUCCUUGCAGGCUGACGGGGAUUUGGCUCUACUAAAGUGGUGUGUGCAGCCUCCUCUUUCUCCCCCUGUGACCUCUGAAGUACUCUCCCCUCCUGAGACCAGUCUGCAAACCAUGGUGCUGGAGAAACUUCUGCGUUUUGGAAAACAGUUGCUAAGGGUGAAGGUGGUGAACUCGAAUUCCGAGGACUCCCGUCUGUCUCGAUGUCUCAACACCUUCGACCUGGUAGCCCUGGGUGUGGGAAGCACGUUGGGUGCUGGUGUUUACGUGCUUGCUGGUGCUGUUGCACGAGACAAUUCAGGUCCUGCUAUCGUCCUGUCUUUCUUGAUAGCUGCCUCAGCCUCUGUGUUGGCAGGUCUUUGCUAUGCUGAGUUUGGAGCCCGUGUCCCGAAGACGGGCUCUGCUUAUCUUUACUCGUAUGUGACAGUCGGAGAACUCUGGGCUUUCAUUACUGGAUGGAACCUCAUUCUCUCUUACAUUAUUGGUACCUCGAGUGUUGCCCGUGCAUGGAGCGCCACCUUUGAUGAGUUGGUAGGGAAACACAUUGAGGAGUUCUGCAGAGAACACAUGUCUAUGAAUGCACCAGGUGUGCUGGCAGAAUACCCUGACAUGUUUGCAGUUCUCAUCAUAUUUAUUCUUACAGGUCUUUUGGCAUUUGGAGUGAAGGAGUCAGCGAUGGUGAAUAAGGUGUUUACCUGUGUCAACGUUUUAGUCUUAUUAUUCAUGGUGGUCUCUGGGCUGGUCAAAGGCACUUUGAAGAACUGGCAAGUCGAUCCAGAGGAGAUCCUACAUGUUAAUCAUACGAAUAGCUCAAGCCAAAAUUUGACUGACAUUCUGCCAUCUAAGGAGAGAAUAGGACAGGGUGGCUUUAUGCCGUUUGGCUUCACAGGAGUACUUUCAGGAGCUGCUACGUGUUUCUAUGCCUUUGUAGGCUUUGACUGCAUCGCCACCACAGGCGAGGAGGUGAAGAACCCCCAAAGAGCCAUUCCUAUUGGGAUUGUGUCCUCGCUGCUGAUUUGUUUCGUUGCUUACUUUGGUGUUUCUGCUGCCCUCACCCUCAUGAUGCCAUACUAUCUUCUGGACAGCAACAGCCCUCUGCCUGUAGCUUUUAAAUAUGUAGGCUGGGGAGGAGCCAAAUAUGCUGUAGCUGUAGGCUCUCUUUGUGCUCUGUCUACCAGCCUGCUGGGCGCAAUGUUUCCUAUGCCUCGUGUUUUGUGGUCGAUGGCUGAUGAUGGGCUGCUUUUCAAGUUCAUGGCUGAGAUCAGUCCCCGCACCAAAACCCCACUAACUGCAACCUUUGCCUCUGGCAUAGGGGCAGCAAUCAUGGCGUUUCUGUUUGACCUGAAGGACCUGGUGGACCUCAUGUCAAUAGGAACGCUGUUGGCCUAUACGUUAGUGGCCGCCUGUGUGCUGGUGCUAAGAUACCAGCCAGAGAUCCACAGUCCAGCGUACCAGAUAGCCAAUACCCAUGAUGAGGCAGACUGCAGUGAUGGGAUAUGUGUAUCCAGUAUGGGCAUCCUUCCUGGUGUGGAGGAAAGAUUCAGUUUCCAGACUCUUCUGUAUCCGAACAACCCUGAGCCGUCCACGCUGUCAGGCUUCAUUGUUAAAAUGUGUACCUCUGCCAUAGGAAUGCUGAUCCUGGCCUUCAGUAUAUUGGCUGUGCAUGGAGGCCUCGCCUCAUGGAACAUGGUAGCCCUGAGUGUGAUCUUCAUGGUGUGUCUCGUUCUGGUUUUCAUAAUCUGGAGGCAGCCUGAGAGUAAAACAAAACUCUCCUUCAAGGUUCCCCUGGUGCCUUUCAUUCCAGUCAUGAGCAUGUUUGUCAAUGUCUACCUGAUGAUGCAACUGGACAGAGGAACAUGGGUCAGAUUUUCCAUCUGGAUGGCUAUAGGUUUAUUCAUCUACUUCUGUUAUGGCAUUCGUCACAGCUCAGAGGCGGCCUCCGCUCACCUGUCUCUGGUAACAGAGAUGAAUGGUUUUAAUCAUGAUCAUGAAUUGGAAGUCAUGUCAAUAGAGAAAGAAGCUUUUCUCAAUGACGGCUUUGAUGUCAGGGAAGAACACAACGGGGAGUUAUAGAAGGGACUAUAACACACAGCUCCAUGUCCACCUGCCCUGACACCAGGCUGUCAUCGUAGAAGGGUUUUUGCCAGUCCCCUUCUUCACCUCUCCUUUUGGGGGGAAAGCUAUGCUGCAAAAAUGUAAACUGACACCCCCAUCUAGGUCCUGCUCACAUUACAGCCAAGUGGUGAUGAAUCCCUUGCAGAAAAUCAAACUGAAACACUCAGUGGAGUCAGUAUUUCUGCAUGGCCUCGUGGUUCAGCUGUUCAUUACUGCCUGACUGUCUGUGGAAGAAGGGCUUUCAUUAGAGACAUCAGUGUUUAAUGGAAGUUGAGAGGUGGAGUACGGCCAUGUUAAGUUCCUCUACAUGUUGAGAGUUGGGGUGUUAAUAGGUUGAAUUACUAGCAGUCAGACGGUGGAGUGGUUGAUGUUGUGCUGCCAGAAUAUUUUCUAAAAAUAGAUUGAUUUUUUUUAUAUAUCUAUUAAAACAUAAUGUCUACAUAAAUUUGAAGAAGAUACAACCAUCUCAGUACUUUAUGAAAUGUGUUACCACAGUGUGCUUUGUUUGAAACUGGUCAGUGGAUCUUUAGUGAUGUAGCCUUCGGGAGAAACAAUGAUUUAAAGUAGUCAGCAGCAUUAUUUACUUACCUAAAUAAUGUUCAUAGGAACAUAGUAAAAAAAAUAGAUUUUGAGAUGUUAUUUCAGUAGAAAAGGGACAUUUUUAUAACGGUUAUUUCAAGUUGACCAGCCAUUGUCCUCUCUUUUCUCCUGAAAUAUAUUGAAAAGAGUUCAUUCUUUUCCUCUACACUUAUAUUACUAGUCGUCCUAAUGACAGCAUAAAUUUGUCACCACAUUGUUCAUGUUGUCUGGGUAAAUUACAAAAUUAUGUCUUUGAAUUUUUUAACAAAAAUUUGCUUAGGAGAUGGGUCAAUCAUUCUCUACAAGAGUGUUUAUGUACAAAACUUUGGUUUUAAUGGGAAGACUAUACUAACCACAAAUUGAGAACUUCCGUCUCUAUGAUCUUGUACCUUGAUUGAUUAAGCAUAUUCAUUUACAUGCUUCAAUUAUGUUACCCCAAACCUUUAAAACUUUUAAUUAUGUUACACUGAUCCCUCAGUCUGUUAGUCGUGUCCGUUUUGACUUUUGUCCUGUUCAUAUUAACUUAUGCAACUCGUUAGGGGAUUGGUCCUCUGAUUUCUUCUGCUUGUUGAAUGUCAUUGAAUGUGUUUGGGAGAAAGGGGAAAAAAAUAGUCCCAUUCAAGUAUAGACAUAUUUUUUGCAAUAAAUCUUUUUUGACAAUAAUUUCAAAGACUCUUCGCUCUAUACCUUUUCUUAAGUUUCACCAAACUCUGAGCAAAGGUACAACUGUUACAGGUUUUAGAUGAACUUCAUAGACUUCCACAUUCCCUGCCAUUAAGGCCAAUUCUUACAAUUUAACUCUGAAACAAAAUUGCAUUUACUUCACAUUGGAAACAAUUGCUAAUCAAUUGAAGUGCAACAAUUUAAACUGGUGCAACAUAUUCCAAAGCAAUGUAGCAGCAGCAUCUCUAUUGUUUAUAAAAUUAAAAAUUGAUUAACGAUACGCUUUGUAUGGGUGAUGUUAUGGUUUUAAUUUAUGCAUUGGAUCACACAAUGUUAUAGCAUUGGAUUUAAGACUAUAAAAUGUUUCUAUGUUUUGUUUGAGUUGUCUCUUCUGUGCAUCUUAUUGAAAAUGUAUUUGCAAGUAGAACAUAUGAAAUUAAACAGCGAUGACUAUCACAAAAAGCCGAGAAAAUUCAAUCGUCCAAAAACACUCAACAUCCUUCUCUCCACUAAACUCCAUCACAAAGGUUCAGGGUCAUUUUCCUCGAUAAAUUUUACCCAUGCAAUCUGUUGCCACCCUGGUAACGGGAUAAAACUGGAAAAGUUUCCCACGGUACACCAAUACUUGGAUAUCAGUAUGUAGGUUAGGUCCUUUAAACCUCUGAGAAGUGUUCUGGUCUAAAAACUUGUAGGAACUCUUUUGAAUUUGAAUUACUAUUGUUUUCAAUGACAAAUUGCUAUGUUAUUGACUUUUAUGUGGGCAUAAAUCAAAAUUCAAACUUCACAUUCACUUGAUGUAAUAUGAUUGUAAGGUGAAGUCAGAAAAGGUACUGGUAUAACUUUUACACCGUUGGUGGCUGCACCCUGGCAUUUAUAGCAUUUGUUAAUUAACCUUUCUCUCAAACAUUUUCUGGGUUUUACUUGUAUGUCUUUGCUAAAUGUCUCUGCCAUUCGCACACAUGCGUAUUACUGUGUUACAACCCACUUUCAAAACCUUUGCUAUUUGCUUUUUUUUUUCUGUUCAAGUUUUUGAUAAAGUGCAAUAAAAUAUGCAGGAAAUAAAGACAGAGAAAUUUGUUACUGUGACAUAAUUGGCACACUUGAACAAUUAUUUCCCCAAGACUUUCAUUAAAAUAAAUGUCACGUACUUUGUCAAUUAAUAUAGUUUCGGAUAAUUUGUUAAAACAUUGGUGUGCAGCUUCGGUCGUCAAGGGCUGGUGUCCUGCCAGUUUUACAGGAGUUUUUGCUCCAAUACAACUGAUUCAAACUACCUUCUCAACAUGUCAAAGUUCUGCAGAGACCUAAUGAACCGGUUCGGGUGUGAAGAACCAGUGGAAAAAAGACUAAAACAUGCAGGAUAUCCGCCCUUUUAUACAGACUUUUGACACCGCUGCUUUAAAACAAGAUGGCAGUCAAUAAUUAGAUGUGUAUAAUCAAAACUGUACAUAAGAUGUGUAUAUUUCUAGUAUUAAGUUAUUUAUGAAUACUUUUUUUUCUUUUUUAGAAAAAGAGCAGUUGCAUAACGUGUGGAUUCUACAGCUUCUAUGUUCUCUUAAACUGAUUUUAUUCCUGUAAUAAGCAUAUCUCUGCAAAUAAAACCGUACAUCCUUGCUAUAAACAAAAAAAA